CCAGUUUAAAAGCGUUUUCUGUAGCCGCAGAAAAUUCCAAAGCGAAGAAGUUUACGUUUAGCUGUCUGUUACCGUUUCCGCACGCGCGACUAGAUUCCACCGCGAUGAUGUGUCCGCGCAUGCUGGUUUACGGAUUGCUAUUAUUGGCUGUGAAUAUGCGGAAUAGAGGCGCACUUUCCCGAGUGGCUCCAGCCAGUUCCGAAGAAGACUUCGACGAGGAUUUUUACACGGUUGCGGAAGGUGACAUAAUAAAAAUAAUCUCCAGAAAGGACGACCACCAAGCCGGGCUGAUGGGAAAUGCUUGGACGGCCGACAAGUACCGGUGGCCGAAUGGGACGGUGUUUUAUUAUCUCAGCAGAGGAAUGACCUCGACCAUGAGAAACCGUGUUCGGGAAGCCAUGCUGAACAUCACGAUCGAAACGAACAACUGCAUUACAUUCCAGAGUAGCAUUAACGAAACAGCAUAUGUCCGAAUCGCCCUUGAAAGGCGUAAAGGGUGUUCGGCGGAGGUGGGUCGAAUAAGACGCCGGCAAAAAAUGCAGCUGGAUUCCGACUGUCAAGUCCAUGAUAUCGUCCAUGAACUACUUCAUGUGUUGGGAUUCUUCCACGAACAUACCCGACCCGAUCGGGAUAAUUACGUGUUCGUCAAUAGGAGCAAUAUUUACGAUUCAUCGCUCCAAAAUUAUGAUAAGCGACCAGAGAACCAGACCACCCAAUUAAAUUUACCGUACGAUUUCGCGUCGAUUAUGCACUAUCCACCAAUGGAUUAUGGAGCAGCCAUCAACAAAGAAGAACCGGUAAUGCGCAGCGUCGAUCCUAAUAUCCAGUUGACAACCAACCGAAGGCUCAGUAAACUGGACAUCCUAAAGAUUCUGCGCCACUAUAAAUGCGAAAAUCGCGAUACCGACAUUUGCACCAUCACCGCGGGUGGCUGCUCAAUUUACCACAACAAAGUGAUCAUACAAGACGCACCCGGCACACGCUAUCGUCUCUGGCUCAACAAAUUUUCUGGUUUGCGGGACUGCCACAAAUCCGCCCCAAACCGAGUGUCCGUGUUCUGUCAGAAUAACGCAACUCCGCUAGACGCGUCGACUAUCGCCGGCAUCCUCCGAAAUCGCCUUGAAGUGACCAAUUACACCCUUUUCGUCCUCGAUGCGGUGCUGAAACAGAACGCUCAGUUUGUAAUGAUCAAGGAGAAAGUAGUCGGGUUCUGGAUUUCCACAUGCAAAACCGAUUCCGCAACAUCUCGUUUGAUGCACAACAGCUUUCCUAAUUUAAUCGAGUUUGGUGUACAUAACUGCAGCGGACAACGAGUAUUCAAGAGAGAUUUUGCGGAAACCCGGCUGCUUCGGCGGAUAGUGUUUCACGCGACGACGAUCGCCUACAUUGAGCGUGACACCUUUUCCGAACUGAACGCUCUGCAGCUUUUGCAGUUGGAAGAAUGGUGGCUGCCACGAGAGAACGGUAAAGCACGCGAGACGGAGCUGGUCAGUCACGCGCAACGGCUGCACUGCAGCUGCGACCAUCAGUGGCUGCGGGACUGGUUUAGAACGAAGCCUGAUUUGAUCACCGUUAAGAAAGCCGGGAAAGUGUAUCCGGGCAGUCGAGAAGUGAAAGUGGGCGAAAUAUACUUGUCGAUUGACUGUACAAAUGUGAAGCUGAGCGUUCAUACUUGGGCGAAUGGUCACACAACCAGUGCUUCUUACAAUCAGGCUAAGAAAAACUUUGCCUUUAACUGUGCUCCAUGCCCAGAUUAGCAAUAAAUCAUCCGCAACGU